AUGACCAAAAUUUUAUAUACCUUUUGUAGAAUUUAUAUACUUUUUUUGAUUUUUUAGUAAACUAAUUAUAAAAAAUUGGAAAAUGGGAUAUCUCAUAACAGGAAAUGUAAAAGUUAUGCUAGGCUGGGAAGGCUAGAGAAAUAAAAGAAAUUCUUAUAGCUUUCCACCACAGCUGCUUGCUAUUAAUCCCUUCUCCUUAUCGCCAAUUUCUUGGCGGUUUGAAAAAAUAUUAAUUGGCAAGUCCCUAAAAAUAUUUGAUUUAUUAGAUUUUUAAAUAUUCAUAAUCGUUAUGUCGCAUGGGUAGACCUGAUUCAUAAAGAUGCCUAACCUAUAAAACUCCAUUAGAAGCUUCUAAUGUGAAUUUAGAAAUAUUUAAUCUCGAUUUAAAAGAAUAUCAAGGAACUCCAGAUGAAAUUAUUUCAGAUAAGCUAAAAAUAGCAUGCAACCAGAUAAAUGCUCCUGUGAUUUGUGAGGACACUUGCUUAUGCUUUGAAGCCCUAGGAGGUCUCCCAGGGCCUUAUAUGUAAAAUUUAUAUAGAAAAUGAUUUUGAAAAGCAUUAGAAGAUGAAGGACUUUUCAGGCUAUUAGCUGGGUUUGAUAAUAAAAAAGCAUGAACAGAAUGCAGAAUUGGAUAUUGCAAGCCUGGAGGUGAGCCUCAAAUAUUUUAUGGAAAAUGCGAAGGGACUAUUGUAAUGCCAAGAGGCAAUAAUGGUUUUCAAUGGAAUCCUAUAUUUCAGCCUUCAGGAUAUGAGCAAACAUUUGCAGAAAUGGAUCCAAAUUUAAAAAAUUCAAUCUCACACAGAUUUAGGGCUUUAGAAGCUUUUAAAGAUUAUAUGCUAAAUAAUCAAGAUUGGAUUUAA